AUGCCCUUCGACAUCCUCGCCUGCGGCUUCAACGCCCACGGCCAGCUCCUCCCCAGCGACGACGACGCAAUCCCCGCCGACAUCUUCACGCCCACCGUCAUAGCGCGCGCCGAGACCUCCGCAAGGAUCCUCUUCGCUGGAUGGUCUGAAACGCUGCUCGAGCUCGACAACAAACUCCACCACAGAGGCGCAGGGUCUCUGCAGCCGCUCCCGCAGUCCUGCAAACCCCCAUAUAGAGCCUUCGGCGACGGGCUGGGGCUCAAGGUCAUCCUUGGGGGCGGGGGCGGCGGCGGCAGCGGCCACACGACGGCAUACGUGCGCGCGCCCUCUGGGGCAUGGGAGUGCCACCCGCUAGCGUCAGAGAUACAUCUCCUCGCCAUCGCCGGCAACGGCAAGGUCCUCAGCAGCACCUCCAACGGCACCGUAAUCCACGCCCACCCCACCCUCGCCUCCCUCCUCGCCUCCCACCCCCCCACCGCCACGCACACCUUCUCUGCCACAUCACGCAUCACCGCCAUCGCCGCCACCGCAACAUCAUUCGCCCUCCUCAGCGCCCGCGGACACAUCUACACCGCCGGCGACCCGCGGCACAGCCGCCUCCUCGCGCGCGACACCGGCACCAGCACUGCGCCGCCGGACGCGCCAGGGCUGGUCGACGCGCUCGACGGCAUCGCGAUGGCGGGGGUUGCGGCGGGGGGGUGGGUUGGUGCGGCGCGGAGCGCGGAGCGCGAUGUGUAUCUGUGGGGCGGGCGCGCGGGGGAGGAUGGGGGUGUGAUUUGUGAUUUGGGAGGGGUGGGAGCGGAUGGGGGGGAGGAGGUGGGCGUGGUGGAUGUGGAGAGGGGCGUGGAUGUGGUGGGGUGGGCGUGGGGAUGGGGCAUGUUGUGGUGCUGA